CGCAUUCACAAAUCCUCCUUUACCAGCCAACCUCCUCUGCCACAGCAGCCGCUUCUGACACAUCUGGUCGGCUGGUUCAGCACCUCGGACAGCAAAAUCUCCCAUAGGCUGGAGCCCCGUCGGCGGCCAAUGGCCUCAGCGACGCGGAUGCGACAGCGAUCAUCAGCAGCAGCAGCAGCAUCCUGCCAGCGGCCAAUCAGAGGCGCCGUUUCUCUCCCACAUCCAACCCGAAUAACUGCAGAUGCCCGCAUCAAAGCAGCGGGUCUCGCUCUCUCCCUGGCAGGUUUUUAGCUGAGUGAAUAAGCUGCCGUCUAUUUUCUAUUUUCUGUUUUUGGAAGACAUAGUAGCCAUUUUUUCUGUCACGGCGUUCUCCACCAGUAUAUUACGGUUUUCAGAUUGAUACGCGGGCUUUUAUGUCUGAUUAGUCCACGCUGUGUUUGUGUGUAUGUGUACGUGUGUGUUUUAUAGUAGCACAGCAAUAACCGUGCCCGUAUAGCUUUUUAGUUCUCGAUGGAAUACAUCUUCUCGCACGCUGCCAGCGAAGGAAUGAAGCACAUUUCGCGUCUGAUUGACAAAAUUAUUUCCAACAACCAGCGAGGGACAUUCUGUCAAUGAAGAUCUGAAAAAAGACAGCAACACACCGAGAAACAGAUCUGUCGGCCUGUAACACCGGGGUUCCCAUACCGUCAGGGACCGAUCCGUUUUCACGCCCUGGACUGUGUUGGCGGUGUGGAAACCGAACAAAACAAUCAGAAAGCGUUUUUAUCCAGCAGCGAGUGUGAAGGUGUAACACAUGGACGUCAGAAGACGACUCGAGUAAUUAAAAGGUGACGCCAUUUGCUGCUACUCAGACCUUUUUCACCGCCACACUCUCCCUGUGUCUGUCUGCCCACCUGUACUACACGCCAUGGGUACGGUGUUGUCACUGUCUCCCAGCUACCGUAAGGCAGCACUUUUUGAAGAUGGCCCAGCUACAGUGGGCCACUACACAGCGGUCCAGAACAGCAAAAAUGCUAAGGACGCUGCCACCACAGCAGCAAAGUCCCUCAAACGGCCUUCUAUUAUCAAUGUCUUACCAUGGAAAAGAAUUGUGGCUGUGUCAGCAAAGAGGAAGGGAUCUAAGAAGCUGCAGUCAGAUGGUGGCGAUGGUGGGAAAGGGAAUUCUCCAGAUGCUAAUGCCAACACGACGUCUAAAUCAGCUACCGAAAGUCUGAAGCUGAAGAAGUCUCAGUCCUGUGCUAACCUUUCAUCUUACUCAACAAGCCAGGACCUCUCAGCCACCACUACCACUACCUCCUCUCACCUGCCAACCUCCAAGACCCUGGUUAACGUAGCCACUAUUGCUGCCAAAAAGAAUUCUCUCACUGGCUCUGGAAUUCAGCCAUCAACUGCAGCAGGCACUCCAAAACGUGUCAUUGUCCAGGCCUCCACCAGUGAACUUAUGCGCAGCUUGGGUGAGUUCCUGUGCCGUCGGUGUUACAGACUGAAGCGCCUAUCCCCAACAGACCCUGUGCUGUGGUUGCGCAGUGUGGACCGAUCCCUACUCCUACAAGGCUGGCAGGAUCAGGGCUUCAUCACUCCAGCCAAUGUGGUCUUCCUCUACAUGUUGUGCCGUGAUGUGGUCUCCGCCGAGGUGACCUCGGAGCGUGAGCUGCAGGCCUUGCUGCUCACCUGUCUCUACCUGUCCUAUUCCUACAUGGGCAACGAGAUCUCCUACCCACUGAAGCCCUUCCUGGUCGAGGCAGAGAAGGAAGCCUUCUGGGACCGCUGCCUGGAGAUCAUCAACUGCAUGAGCGGCAAGAUGCUCCAGAUCAACACCGACCCGCACUUCUUUACCCAGGUGUUUGCUGACCUGAAGAAUGAGAGCAGAAAAGAGGAGGAGAAAACUAAACUCCUCAUAGGCCUUGACCGAUAAGUGGGACGUGGGAGGAGGAAGGAAGGAUCGAUGGAUAAAAUGAUUGAUGGAGUUAGUAGGAUGAACGUAAUGCAGCGCAAUGCGAUCUUAAAACAGUAUACUGCUGUCUGGCAUCUCUAGGGGUUUAUGAUUAACCAAAUUAACCAUGGCAACAAAUCUAGCAGUUUAAGCGUCUUAAUGAAGUUUGAAAUGUUUUUGCUUUAUCAAAUGCCUGGCCAGCAGGGUCAAAUCUGAUAUUUCUAGAUGUUGCCAUAGUAAAGAUAUAGCCUUUUGAUAAAACAUAAAGAUGUUAGAAAUGCCAGACAACACACAUUUACAUAAUUAAGAGUCAGUAUCAUAAAGACAGAGGAUACUGUAAUGGUGUAAUAGCACCCAGGUGUCAAUGAAUAACAUGAACCACAUUGCAUGAGGUCACUUCAUAUGUUAGACGCGACCACUUGCUCAUUGCCAACUCCAUUUUACCUUUUUCCUUAUAUCCUGCCCAAGCUGAUUGCACUUGGUAACACUUGCUGCAAGGCCCACUGGUGAAACUCAAAUAUUAUUUAAUAACAAGAUACAGAUGGACUACAAUGAACCACAAAACACCAAGUCUACCAACCUUUCAGAGUGAAACGUAUUCAGCCAGAUCUCACAACGUACUGUAUUCUAAUGAAACACCAGAGUUUGUCCUGCUAUAAGUUGGGAAAUUAGAUAUUGGUUUUAGUAUGAAAGGCUAAUCCCAGCAGCACAGAUCCUUAAACAAGCCCUGCUGAGAGCUGUUUACGCCAACAAACACAUGGGUAAAAACAAUAUUGAAUCCUCUAGGGGAUAUGUUGCACAUAGAAUUAAAAAUUUCUGCACUUUCUUCUGUCAUCCAUAUUGGUGCUGUCCUAAAUGAGCAGGAAGGAAGCAAGCAAGCUAGAAAGAAAGAAGGAAAGAAUGAAUGAACAAAUAAACUAACAAGCUAAAAAAAGAAUUUACUUUUAAAAAUCUUUAAUCAUUUCAUCUAUUUCAUAUUGUAUGAAAGACUGAUGAAGUUGACCAAUGACUGCAAACAUUAAAUAUAUUCCUGGUUCAUUAGGGCAGAAACACACUCUACAAGGGACGAUUCUUCCAAAUCCGCUUCAUCGGUACUGUUGCCACUUGACUUGAAAGAUACCUGAACUGCUAACUGACGUGCCACUCACACCCUUUCUCUGUCUCUGACCAUAUAAUCCAGUCUGGCCUCAACCAGUAGGAUCCAGUCCAGUGGGCCCAUGUUUAUAGACUCUCUGGUCCGCCGACCUGACUGCUUACUUAUUCACGGAUUGUUUAACAUGCAUGUGUGCUUUCUUAGGUUUCCUAGCAUGCUGCUUUUUUUUUGGCCGCACCGCAUCACAUGUUGCUGAAGAGACUGAGUGGUUUCCCUGCUGGACUGCUGAAAGCUAGGACUGUGACAUCCACUCAACGCAGGAAUGCUCUCCAGUGAGCGCAAUUUGUGGAAGGCUGGUUUUGUCCACACCUACACUGCACAUCAUUAAUAAAAAAAUCAAAGCUUUGGAACAAAACUGGAAAGUCCACUAUUCUAGAUUCUAUUGUGGCUAGUGGCGAAGACAAUAUAAUUCCCACUUAAAAAAAACAGUGACAGCUUAGAUAGACAAAGUAUUAUGAAAGGGAUACUCCAGCAGUUUAGUACAAUGUUGCGUUCAAGAACCUUUCGUGAAAGUGUAGUUUUUUGGGUUCUUGUAAUAACUAACAUCCUCUGCUCAGACAGCACAUAGUUCUCACAGACUCUUCUGUCUGUUUCACAUAUUUUUGUUUCAUAAAUUGCUGACCUCAUUUGAAUCUGUCUAGGUCCAUUGAAGACAUAUAUUUUCAAACCCAGGUCUCCUACUCAGUUCUUGCCCCAAGACUAAGGCUUUUAAAUCCAUACAUUGCAGAACUCGGUUGAUGUUGCUGAUCCUGAUUUAUUGUGUAUGUGUUGGAUAUACCGUAGUCCAUUAAAAAUACAUAAAAAGUAAGAACCAAGAACAUGCAAUCAAUGUAAAUUGAUUCUGCUUGAAUUUCUGUUGGAAUGUAAGUGAUCCUGAUUGGUUCUUGUGCAGCAUUUACUCAAUAUCUUUACAGUAUAUUUGCAUGAAGAUCCUGUAGGACUCCAUAAAGUACUUAAAUCCCAGUAUCAUAUUAUAGGGUGUAGUGAGUGCACUGUUCUUAUAGAUAAUGCUACCUCAGGGAUUUACAAUCAGACAGAAAAUCACAGCCUUUACUGGUCGUUUCUAUGAAGCAGUGCUUUUACUGCAACUGCUACUGCUAAACAUGGGUGAGACAAAGAGAAGUAAAUAUUGAUGUCAUCCAGGGUGGAUCCUCAUGCAGGUUCACAUUGUUUGCAGUUUAUUGAUUGAUGUGGACAUUUUGGUGUUUAGCUCAAUUUUGUUAAAACUAAAAAACAAAAGAGAUAAAAUUGCUGGAGUAUUCCUUUAAAGACAGGUGCAUAAACCAAGUUUUUUUCUUUGGAGAAAUUCUAUGCGUUGAUGAUGUCACAUCACCUAGUUUAACUGUAGCCAAUAAACUGUAUUCAGUUUUAGAAACGUUCUACCGGCUUGUGCCAUAUCAUUCUAGAGACUCAUUAUUUUGUACAAAAAAAUAUUUUGUACAAGAAACAGGAGCCAACUGAAGGUCUUGUACUGUUUUACAAAGAAAAACUGCAGUGGAGAUUUGAAGAACAAGUGCUGCCACAUUGUGAAGAGCAGACCAUGGGACCCACAAAGAGGUAGUGUCCCAAAACAUGAAUGGCAACGUGGAAAGGUGUGAUUUUAAUACACAGGAGGUUGAUCACUCUCCUUUCAACAAAAUAAAAAGGAUCUAAUUUCUACAUAAAAACACAGAUUUUAAAAAUGUAACAAACAAAAUGCCACUUGUUUCCAGAAUAGGUGUCAGAACCAUGCAGAUGAAGUUUUUGCUCUGGAUGUGUUUUGUGUUCUCAUGAUUUCCAACUGGGAUGCAGUAGGUUCCAUGCAGUAAAACAAAUGUAGCCUUGAUCCAAAGUCAGACGUCAUGGAGACUAAUAUAUACACAUGAAGAACAAACUCAUGGCAAACAAACUUGUUUACAUAUCCUUCAUCCUGUAUAUUUCUGAAGGGUUUGAACAGUGAACAAGUAGCAUUAUGUUCCCAAAACUUUUUUUUGAAUCUUUUUCUGUUGUUGUUGUAAAGGUCAAAACAACAGGUGAUUUAUAUCACUGCAAGGUAACAGAUAGCAGACAAUUUUCCCACUAUUUCAGAAAUAUAAACAUUAUUCUAUCACUGGUGACAUAAAAGCAAUUUUGUAAAACGAGAGCUGUUAUUUAAGAAAGAGAAUCUUCUUCUAGGUUCUAGUAUGAUAAAUGAGACCUUCUGAGGUGUAGCUGGCUAAUUAAACUAUUGUGAAGUCAGCAGGAUGGAUGAAAAUGCAUUUGCUAACUGACAUUUUACUGCUUUCUGAUUGUUUUGAAAUGUUUUUACAAGCAGUCGUUCUCUUUAACAGACAUUUAAUGACACAAUUGAAGCCGCUUCCAUGACAUGGCAUUCAUGGAUCAGUAUCCAUGUAUCGCAGAGGACAAGAAAUCAGUGUUAAUGUCUGUGUUAAUCUGCGUUAAUGUGCGAUUUGGACAAAUGUAAAUUAUUUAAGGUUUGAUAUACAUGAAUUUGACACAAUGGUGCAUCUAACAAAUAAUAAAAAUGCUACACAAUUAAUGAUAGAUGUGAAGAAUAUUUUAAAAAAUAUACCCAGACAGUGAUGUUAGUAUAAUUUAAUCAGCUUAGUCACUGUUAAUGACAUGUUUACAGUCACCAAAGCAGACAGAAAACAUCUGGUACAUCUUGAAGUGUUAUAUUACUACAGGCCAUACACACUGUUAGGACCCCACUAAUAUAAAAGCUAAAUAGGCUGCCAUGUGUGGCUACAGUUGCUGUGACAGAAUGGUCACUUUUCAGGAAAUUAUUCUAUUAAACGGUAAGUUUUACUGUUUUUUUAUUAUGUUCUACUACUGCUGGUCUAGAAUGUCAAUUAUUAUUCUGUAUUACGUGGAUGUCAGAUCACAGUUGGCGAGGGCGUAUUUUUUUUGAAGGGAAAGAACUGAUGAAAAAAUGUCCCACAACAGUUUCCGCCUCAAUUUUGCUUCGACUUGCUCCAGCCCUCACAGGUGUGCAGGAUGACAAACAAGAGCCAAACAUGCAAGGAAAGGAAACCCAUCUUCCAUGUGAGACUUUUCAAACACUGACUACCCCUUCUCCACACUCUCGUUAUUGAUCAACGCAUAACCGUGUGCCAUAUUUUCUCUUGCUACACAUACAAGACAAAAGCUAUCAUGUAACAUUAUGAAGCUUAUGGUAAUGAUAAAGUUAGUAUGUUUUCCAUUUGUGAAUCAUACUCUGUAAACAAAAAUCUUCGUUCAAUCAAGGGUACUAGUGUUACUAGAGUGCUGAUGCUGCAGUCUGUUCCUAUGUGGAUGUAUGAAUAUGUAUGAGAACUAAGAAUAACUUAAUCAGCUGUUACAGGAACUUUAUAUAAAAUCCUUUAUAAUAACUGUGUUUUUUUAUUCAAGUUCAGGUGUGAGGUUUGACAUUUAAGAAGCAGUUCUUAGUUUGACCACAGAAAGGCAGCAGUGAAUCGUCUGUAGCGACACAGUUUGAAUGAAACUGAAUCUUAUAAUGAUUUGUUGCAGACAUUCUGGAUUAAUUUUAGCCUGAGAGUUUUAGUAGCUAAUGUAAAAUGUUCUUUAAACUAUUUUUAGUUAAUUAAAUAAUAUUUUGGAUAGGUUUUACUCAGCUAUAGUAUAUAUAUAGAGUCAGAUUUUUAACACAAACUAUAAUCAGCUAAAUUACUGUAUAAUGUAUGGCAGCUGAACAUCUGGCUGAGAUAGCAGCCAUGGAGGCAGGUAAGGCACAUCAUGGAAUGGUUUGGUGGUGCAAUGGUGGAAUAGUGUCAGGUUUAGAGAUUUUGGGCUCUUGUUAUGAAGGACAUGGUUCACUCACCCUCGCUCCUCCCUGUUUCCUCUGUCUCUCAAACACUCUUGAUUGCAUUCACUUGAUGCUUAUUGUUCAUAUCAUGUCUUUAACCACCUGCUCAGUCCCUGUUUCUAGACUAAAAUUUUGCAACCACCAGCUGCCACAGUGUUCCCGCCACUCUACUACUGUACAGUAUGUCAUGCCUGAAACGAAUUUGGUACUGUGAGUUACCAAACUGUUUCCUGUCUUGGAAUUAAAUAUUGGAUCUUUAGUGUCCUUACAUAUUUCGUAGAAGGUUUUCAGAACCUUCCCUGUCAGUCUUUUCCCUCAAGCACCAGGCCCAUUCUGGUAAUAACCAUCCCUGACAGCUGGAUACUUAGCCUGGCCACCUUUGGCUUCUGGCUCAUCAUCCCUCUUGUACCUGCUACUCACCUCAGCUUCCUGGUCAACUUACGUGGUCACGUAAUUAGAGAGUGACUGAAGAGAGCACUAGAGAAAAUAUUGUUCUUUGAAAAAUGAACUCUGAACAUUAAACCUUUGCCAUCUCACCUUCUUGUGACAGAGCACCCUCAGCAGACACUGUCUAAUUACAGAAUGCAUGCAUAAUCAUAAAAAGAUAAUCUAUCUAUCCUCUUCCCCUUAUUGUGACUCCCUUCAAGGACAACUGUUGGACUGACCUGUAAACAUCUUGGUCGGCCUCGGUCAUACUUCUAUAAACAACACUUCACUACACUGAUUCAGAUACACCCCCCCCCCCCCCCCCCCCCCCCACCCCCCCCCCCCCCCUCCCCCCACAUCCUUACAGUCUCACUGUCUGCUCUCCGACCUUAUCUAUCUGUCCUGAUGAACCCAAGAAAAAAUUCCAGCAAGGUUUCCACUUGUACUGUGUGAUACUGUAUGUGUGUGCGUUUUAUUACUGUUUGUACUGCAAUUUGCUUCCACUGUCGGACUAGCGCCGGGUAACCUGGCUGCUGAUGGGAAUUUCCCCGCUGUGGGACUAAUAAAGGCAUUCUUAAUUCUUAAUUCUUAAUAAUAAACCUCUCAAACUGAA